CCUUAAGCCGUGGGAUUUUGGUUGAUAAAUUUUUUUGAUGUCGGGUGGUUGUAAUUAUGCAUCAAUCAAGUUAGAUAUCCUACAUCCAGAUUACUUGUGUGACCUUGUAAACAAAGCAUCAGAUUCUAAUAUUUAUGGGAAGAAGAAAGUUAUUGGAGGAUCAAUUUCAAAAAAUCCGUUCUGGCGUGACUCACUAGAUUUACAACGCGAUAAUAUUAGAAAUGUUUUACAUGAAACUCUCAAAGGAAAGUUCAGCAUGUCUGACACUGGUUCGUUAUCUGCGUCACAAAAAGACCUCGAUGCGAUGGAGAAAAAAAGAAAGACAGCCAGAUCCGUGUUUGAUGAAAUGGUCCAGUAUGGUAAACGACUCCUAGAGUGUAUCAGAAUUUUAAAGGAUGUCAGUGAUGAGAUACAAAACAUUUCAUCAUUCAAAUGUAACAGUGUCAUUAGUGGAAUGUUCAAAGACAUACCCUCCUUGUUCAAACUCCAUGAACAUUUGACUGAAAGUUUUGAUUCCUGUAAGGCUGAUGACAUAACAUUGCCAUCCACUUUCACCAGUGACAGGGAGAAUCAAAUCCUAAAUAUUUACAAGAGUUUCCUCUGCCGCUAUGCAGUUAAUUUCAAAGCUUUCUCUGAAAUAUAUUCCACGAAUGAAGAGCUUCAAAGUAUAUGUAAAGGUAUCGUUGGAAAAUCUCAAUAUGAAGAACAACGUAUACAAAAUGUUCCUGGAAUGUUCUAUGGUGUCACUACAGCGUUACCACGAUAUAAAGAUCUUAUUUAUAUUAGGGCUUAAAGGUACAAUGCUUUCAAGUGAUCCAGAAUAUACAAAUGUCACAAAAGCUUGGAAUUUUAUUAAAGAUUUAUUGGAACGAUCAGAACAAGAAAUUAUUAUACAGGAGAAAAUGUCGAAUGCUAGAGAAGCACUUAGUAAAUUAGAUGGUCUUCGUGUAAAGUAUACUCAAAUCCCUCUACUACAUCUAGAAGGACCUGCAAAAAAACUUCCUCGACGUUCAAUGCAUAGACGACUGUUGGAUAGAUAUUUAUUUCUUUUUUCUGAAUAUUUAGUCAUGACUGAACCUCCUAAUACUGUUGGUCGUUGUCAAGUGAAAUCAGAGAUACGUUUAGCUGGAAUGACAUUAUAUGAAUUGGAAGAUGAUGAUGUCGUUGAAAUUAAUGUUGAACAUUGUUUUCGAAUUAAAGCAAAAGAAUUAUGUGUUGAAAUUGCUUUUUCAAAUGCUGAUGAAAAACAACUUUGGUGGCGUGAAUUACAACAAGCUAUUGAUUUCGAGUGCAAUAAAUCGAAUAUUAAUUGUUCCGAUGAAAAACAAUCAUUAUUGACUACAAAUAAUAAUAAUUAUAUUAAUAAUUUAGGUCAAGUUGCUGCACAAUGGGUUAAAGAUGAAUCGUCAACAAUGUGUACAAAUUGUUGUACAGAAUUUACUACAUUAAAUCGACGACAUCAUUGUCGUGCAUGUGGUAAGUUAUUUUGUGGUUCAUGUUCAGCUUAUAAAGCACCAUUGGAAUCAUCCGGUGGAAAAUAUGAACGAGUUUGUGUUGUGGAUUAUUAUAUAAUUAAUAAAAAUUUUAAACCACCAAAACCUGAAAUUAUGGAAGCAAUAUUACGUCGUGUAGAUAAACAACCAUCAUCGAAACCACCAUCACGGACUGGAUUUUUAUUAUGGAGUCGUUUUAAUAAUUCCUGGUCAACAAAAUCACCAAUUCGUCUGCCGAAAUCCUCUAUACAAUAUCGAUCUAUUGAUAGAAAUGUUGACUUUCGAAAAAGUCUACUACUACGACCACCACCACCACCACCACCACUACGACGACGACAACGACAACAGGAUUUCAAUGCAAUUAAUUCGUCAACAAAUUCUAUCCAUAUUAAUCAUAAUUUAAUUCAUCGUCAAACAUGUUUAAUAAAUCAAGAAUUAUUAAAUCACAAAUUAUUUUCAUCGUCAUCGUCAUCAUCCCAACCGCAGCCGCAACCGCAGCCACCACCGCUUCUUCCAGUGCCACUUCCGCCGCCACCGUCGUCGUUGUCGUCAUCGCCAUCGUCGUCAUCCUCGUCAUCAACAUCCACUGUGUGUUUAUCUCGUUUAUUUUGUGCAUUACAAACAGAUACUUCAUUUGAAUUUUACGCUGCACGUGCUAAUACACGUGCAGUAGAUAAACUCACUGUGAUUGGUCUACGUUUAUUCUAUUUAGAUAAUCAAAAUAUUGAUGUGAAGGAUAGUCGUGUUGUUGUUGAUGCUGUUGAUGCAGCUGAUGCAGCUGAUGGCGAUGAUGUUAAAUUGACCAAUCACACAAGUAGUGAUUCAUUUAAACAACCAAUCAAAACAUUACCACAAGUGAAAUCGCAUAGUUUUGAUAAUCAUUCACUUAUUAAUAAAGCAUUACUUAUAGAAGAAUUAUCCAGUAUUUACAAACAGAAACAUCAGCAACAACAACAACAACAAGGUGUUGUUGGUAAUCCAGUGUAUCGAUUGUGUAAACCACCGCCAAGAAAUGUUAAUUUAUUUCAGCAACAUAAUGAAAUGACAACUAGUCUAGUAGAUAUUCAUUCAUUGAAAUCUACCACUAUGGUAAUGAUGAAUAAAUUAGAAUUAGAUAAAUUAUCAAAACGGCCAACACAAUCGUGUAGAGAGAGAAUUUUUCGUAAAGAUAACAAUUCUAUUAGUCAAUUGACAAUGAUUAACAAUAAACAUCUUCAUCAUCAGUCGAAUAAUAAUGUUGUUGUUGAUGUUGAUGGUGAUGAUGGUGAGCAGGAGGAGGAGGAGGUCACCGGUAGUAUUGUCACAAAUACUGACAUAUUAAAACAUAUUGAAUCAAUUAAUCCGGAGAUAUUAAGUGUAUUAAGAAAUAAUUUAGGUUUUCUUCUAUUACCAUUGAAUACUGAUCGGCCAGCGCAUUAUUUUGAAGCGACUACAAUGGAAAUUAGAACACAAUGGAUUAAUUCUAUUCGUCGUGUUUGCAUAGAUUUCAUGUCGUCCUCCUCCUCGUCACCUUCAUCAAUGAUGAGUUAGUUGAUCAAUACACAACUAUACAUAUACCACAUCUCGACACACUGACACACACACACAAACUAACAAAUAAUCAGUAUGAUUUUUUUUUCAUUUCAUGUGUGUUUUCAUUAUUUCUUUAUCUUGUAAAAUGUUAUUUUACUUUUCUAUUCAUGACAUGUUGGUCAAAUAAACAAAAAUCCACUCCCUUUUUUGACCUCUUCACCAUCUCUUUUUAUGUGUAGCGUAUUACACUACUUGAUAGUAGUGUGUUGAUAAAUGAUGAAAAAAAAAAUUAAAUGUAUGGACUGGCAAUUGUGGUAUUUCUGGUGCCUUUUUUUUUAAAUUUUGUUUUUGAGCGGUCAGAGUUCGAAUCCGUUCUCUGUGGAUGUGUGUGUGUGUGUGCGUGUGCGCCUGUUUUGUUUUGUACUUCAUCAUCUUAAUUGUAUUUUUCUUAAAAUCAAGAAAUAUUUGUGUGAUUAAAA